CGGCUUUGGGAACUGCAGACCCCAAACUCCCGCUGGAAAAGGCUCAACGGGAGAUUCCCAGCUCAUCCUCUGCAGCCUGGGAUGGGGGAAUUGCUCCGGGAGGGACCGGGGCUCCCCGUGGGUGCUGCUCUGCCUUUUCCAGGGCUGCUUUGGGAUUUGGUCCCUCCGGCUCCGUGGGCAGCUCCGGGAUGGGGCCGGACCCCCUUGGAGCCCACCCUGCUCCAGCAGGGACCCCCAGGAAUGCGGCUGGAAGGAGCCUGGGAGCCGCUUCCAGCCAGGGGCCGCCGGAACGGCAACAUCUGGAAUUGUUUAGAGCAGCUCCAGCUCCACUUUGUCUCCAGAUGGUCCCAAAAAGUGACGUUGGCCUUUGUGGAGAGGCCACGAACCCGGGGCCGGCCCCCUCCCCCGCGCCCCACACGAUUUCCUGACAAACCCACAGCGCUUUUCCAGGCGGGAUUCGGAGCCGAGGGCUCUGCCACGUCAGGAGCAGACAAAGCCGCGGCCCCGGGACAGCGACACCCCCACCCCCCCCCCCAAAAAAAAAAAAUCCAGCCCCGCUGGGGGGACGGGGAGAGCCGGGCCGGCGUUCCCAGUGUUCAGACUACCUGUUCAGGUGGGAAGGGAUGUACAGUAGUCUGCACAUUGGUUACGCCGGCGCGGGCGGCGCCGGAGCCGGAGCUGCCGCAGAUUUCCCCCCGUUUUUCCGCCCCGUACCUCCUCGUCCUUGUACCAGGAGAGCGACUCGGCCGUGAGCACGAACCAGUACUCCUUGGAGCCGCCCUUCAUGAUGCUGAUGUUGUUGAUGGUGAGCCAGCCCCUGCGGAUCACCUGCAGCACGCCGGGGGGGGGGCGAGGCGGGACAUCAGCGGGAUCCCGCAGCCAUCCCAAAGCCCGCCAGGCCUCCCCCGUCCCGCAGGGAAGCUGGGAGCAGUGUUGUGGGAACGCCCGGAGCGUUCCCAGCUCCCCAAAGCCCCGUGGGAAAAGCAGGGAGCUCCUGCCCGGGCCAGCGGGAUGAUCCCGAAUUCCCAUCCGCGCUCUCUCGGGGAGCCCUCGGGUGGAUCCCGCUGCCCCAGGGAUCCGUGGGUGGAUCCCAGAGUCCUGGGGAGUGCCCACCCAACGCCCAGGAACGCUGGGAAUCGCCGAGGAAUUCUCUUCUGGCGGGAGGGACCCGGCAGGGAUCCACCACGGGUUCCACAUCCCAGCACAUCCCCGGAUCCCAGCGCCUCAUCCCUGUAUCCCAGCCCCUCCCCGUGUCCCAGCUGCCCCACCCGGGGCUCUCCCACCCCUCGGGUUAGUGCCAGGGCUCAGCGGGAAGCGCGGCCGGAGCGGGAGCAGCCCCCGGGAAGGGGCAGAGCCGGGUUAGACACGGAGCCUGCCAUGGCUCCGCGGGAACACCGGGAUCCCCUCCCGGGGCUGGGGCUGGGGUCGGUUUCCCAGCGCAGGAGCCACGGCAGAUUCCCGGGCCGGCGAGGGAACGGCCCUGCCCGGAGCUCUGGGGGUCCUGGGGCUCCCCGCAACAUCUGGGGGCUGCUGAGAGGAAGUGGAAGUGUCUGAAGAGCCAGGAAAAGGCCGGAUCUGCGACAGGGAUUCAUGGAAGGGGAGGCACAGCCCCUCCUGGGAAGAGCGGGACGCAGUGGCCCCCUGGAAUCCACAUUUUGGGACAAUAAAAGCCUUUCAGUGCCAGCCCGCGGCCGUUUCCCCACGGGAACGUGGUGGCUGACACCAGGGAGCUGCUCCUGCUCCUGGCUCUGACAUUCCAGCUCUGUCCAGAGGCAGGAUCCACGCCAUUAUCCUGCUUCUCUUGCCCAGCGGGGCUGAGGCCACCCCGGGGCUGUAAAUCCCAGCGUGGGGGUUUGGAAAGGGCUCCCUGUCAGACACUUCCACGUUCCUGGAGCGGUGACAGGCUCCGAGUGUGGAGCAGUGGGAUUGGGAUCCCCUGGAUCCCCGACAGGGAAUGCUGCCCUCCCUGUCCCAGGAGGGAGGAGGAGCUCUGUGGGUGGAAUGACGGGGCUUGGAGCAGCCAGGUUGGGAAUUCUGGUGUUGGCAGGGCAGGGCGAAACCCCAAAUCCCACCCAAAAAAAGGGAAUUUGAGGGGGAGAAGUGAACUCCCAGCCCUUCCCUCCGUGUGUUCCCAAGGGAUUAGAGGGAAUCUCACCCCCCACCAGCCGUUCUGGGCUGAACCAGAAAGUUUUUGGCCUCCUGUCUCCC